CGUAUACGUACAGUGAUUCAAAACGCAGCCCGACUGGUACCACUCGAUCGCGCGCGAACGCGAACAGAGUUUUUUCCCGGCGUCACCGAUUGUAGAUUAUCGAUCUCCGUUGAGGAGUUACGCGUACGAUCGCGAACUUGAUCGGAGUUGGCAGAACGGCCCGGCAAGUAUGAUGGAUUCGGUGCCGGUCACGGCGUCGGGGUCGAUGACUCCGUCGCAGCAGCAGCAGCAGCAGCAGCAGCAACAACAGCAACAGCAGACACAGAAGAAGGGAGUCUCGUUCGAGUUCUCCACUUCGCCAGAUCUGGAAACCGGAUUCGAGCCGCAGACCCGUGCGCGGUCCAACACAUGGCCGUUACCGCGACCAGAAGGAUACGUCGAGGGUAACGCGCCAACCGCGAAGGAAGGCGCCGAAGGCGGCACGCCGCCCCAUCAGGCGCAGCUCGCCCAGGGUCUCCUGCCGGUGAAGAAGAACUCGUCGAGGAGGAACGCCUGGGGAAACCUCAGCUACGCCGACCUCAUCACCCAGGCGAUCACCAGCGCGCCCGAUCAGCGGCUCACCCUCUCGCAGAUCUACGAGUGGAUGGUCCAGAACGUAUCCUACUUCAAGGACAAGGGUGACAACAAUAGCAGCGCCGGUUGGAAGAAUUCUAUACGUCACAACUUGUCGCUGCACAGUAGGUUCAUGCGGGUACAGAACGAAGGAACCGGCAAAAGUUCCUGGUGGAUGAUCAAUCGCGACGCCAAGCCGGGUAAAUCCGCCCGUCGUAGAGCUACUACUAUGGAGAGCACCGGCAGUUUAGAGAAACGACGUGGCCGCUCGAAGAAGAUCGCCGAGGCUCUGAGGAACGGCGGGCUGCUGGCCGAGCCAACGUCCAGUCCCAGCAGCAGCGUCGGAGAAGGUCUGGACCUAUUUCCGGAUAGUCCCCUACCACCUGCCAGCGGAUUCCAGCUUUCCUCUGACUUCCGUCCUCGCGCCUCGAGUAACGCUUCCUCCUGUGGCCGAUUGAGUCCUAUCCCAGCGGUUCUCGGGGAACCAGAUUGGACACCGACCUACGCGUCUUCUUAUAGUCCCGAUCAGCAAUUAGCAGAUACGAUCCUAGCAGGCAACUUGGCCGAUACAAUGAAACUGGAACCCUACCAAAUGUAUCAGACAUCACCGCCGGCCGGUCACCAGCAGCAAACGGGCCCGCCGCCACCUUAUUACGAAGCGCAGUAUCAGAGGAAUAACGGCCUACGCACCUCGUCAUCUGCAUCUUAUGGCCUGCCACCUACUCCGCAAUCGGCCAAUCAGCAGAGAUGUCCGAUUCACGGUCUGCAGCCGUGCGCCUGUCAGAUGAACCUGAGUCCCGGCAUGUCACCAUCCGGCAUGUCACCGUCGUAUCAGCAGAGCGAGCCUAGUCCUACGGCACUGGGCAGCAAUCAACAGCAAACGCUGCAAUACAUGAUUCAGACGCAACAGCGUCAACAGCAGCAGCAGCAGCAGCAGCAGCAGCAGCAGCAGCAGCAACAGCAGCAGCAGCAGCAGCAACAGCAGCAACCGCCACAUCAGCCACAGCAUCAGCCAGCGCAAACUGGACCAGCUGGUCCCAGUCCACCUAACACGCCGACACCCUGCCCCACCACAGCCAGCACCAUGAUGGGUCAGCUGAUGGGUGCGCUCAAUCAUUCCGCUCUCGAUGACCUCAACAUCAACAUCGAGGCAAUGCACGGUGGCUUCGACUGCAACGUUGAGGAAGUAAUUAGGCAUGAAUUGUCGAUGGGUGGCACGCUGGAUUUUAACUUCCAGCAGGGAGUGAUGGGCACCGUGCAGGCCAUCAGCGACGGCAACGUUGUUGGUCAGAAUGGCGGCGUCGUUUCCCAGAACACCGGCGUCGUCAUCGGCACGACGACCGGCAACGCGCCGGGCGUCUACGUAAGCACGAAUGCGGCAACCCCCGCCGCGACCCCUUCGUGGGUUCACUAGCAGUUAACCCCCCUGCCCUCGACACCCCCAUCGUCCUUGCCGAUGCCGAUGUUGUCCGACGGAUCGCUGGAUAACUUCUGCGGGACGACCGAAGGGCAGCUCAUCGAUGUUCGACAUGCCGAGGACGAGAGGGUGAACCGACGACUUGUGAUAAGAUAUAGACAUAAUGAUGCCAGAUCACGACGAAAUACGUACUUCAAAAAUGCCAAUUUACGUUAGUGCAAUUGUGGUGCGAGGAACUAUUGCCGCGAGUGCGAUUAACGUCGGCGAGGGCUUCAUCAUCGUUUCAUUAAACGUCUUCAACUUUUUUUAAAAAUGAGCUGGUGCUCAAGAUAGGCCGGAGAUAGGCUGAUGACGAUUACGAGGUUACGAGCUCUUACGGAUUUAAGAAAAUUUUC